AUGACACCGACUGGUCUUCCUCCACAUGUCCUCAAUCUCAAAGUCGGUUGCAUGGUCGUGCUUCUUCGAGACAUCGAUAUCCGCCACGGACUUUGCAAUGGAACGCGACUCAUUGUCAUCCAAUUGGGUAGGAGAGUGUUAGUUGGCGAAUUCGCAACCGAUUAUCGAAAAGGAUUCUCCGUUUUAAUCCCAAAGAUCGACCUCAUCCACUCACACAAGACGAAGCCCUUCAAACUUCGAAGGAGGCAAUUUCCCAUGAGACUCAGCUACUGCAUGACAAUCAACAAGAGUCAAGGCCAGUCAUUUGAGCGUGUUGGAAUCGCCUUCCUAGAACCCACUUUCAGCCAUGGGCAACUGUACGUCGCUCUGUGCUCAAAGCCGACAAGGAAUUCUCAUCAAAGCAACAAACCAACAAAUGCGCAACAUUGUCUACAAAGAAGUGUUCGGAUAAACGAAGGAGAACAAGCCGCGAACCCAAUGCCACAACCACUCUGCCAUGGAGUUCAACUGAUGAACCUCGUUCAUCAAAGUUCACAACAACCGGCUAGAGCCUUCAUCGGCGGCUCCGGAAAUGGUUUCGAGAUGGCUAACAGAAUGAAGGGUCCGAUGAUCGUUCUCAACCCGUGCGCCCAAUCGCAUCCAUUCGACGAGCGGGAGAAGUACCGCGACGAGAAGAUUGCCCAAUUGCACUCUCAACUUGAAAGCGCGGAGUUGUCUACUGACCGAGCGUGGAAAUCGUUUCUAAGUGAGGAUCGUUUGCUCGCAAGAAUUACCGUUUUGGAGGGGGAGUUGGCUCUUAAAGGCUUCAUAUUUUUAGUACGAGACCUUGAUCAACAACAACACGACGGUGAAUUGGAUUUCGAUUGCAACGAAGAGUUAUUGGCAAGCAAGGAAAUGGUUGAGGAGUUGGCACGGCUUAAGGAAGAAAACACUAUGCCUCAAGCUACUUUGAUCAAUUGUCAAUCGGAAAUUGCCGCGCUUCGUGUAGAAGCUGCUACCCGCGAAUUCGGUCUUGACGAGCCAAUCGAUCCAGCAGUUUCAACGGCACUUGAUGAAAACGAUGAAAAUAGUGUUUUCUUCCUUAAGCCGUGCCAACUCCUCAACCAUUUCCUUGCUUGCCAA